AAAAACCAGCCUUCAGCCAGAGAGCUGUUACCUCACCGCUAUUCCCAUCUAACAUCAGGCUCCGGGAAGGAAAGGAAGAUUCCUCUUCUCCCCUCCACCAAGAAUAGGAAGGGGAAACCACCGAGCGGGUCCAAAAGAGCUCUGGAGACCAUCUCCUCCCUCUCCCCCUCCUCGGGCCAGUGACAAAGCCUGCGCGCGGCGCCCCCAUGCGGCAGGAGGCGGUAGCGCUCUUCCUGAGCUACCUGUUACUCUACGCCUGCGGCGGGGUGGAGGCAGGCAAGCGAAAACAGGAAGAACGACGCUCGGAAGACCGAGGCUCCGGGUUCUGGGGCGCACUGACCUACAUGGUGGUCGGAGGAGGGCUCCUGGCCGCCGGGCUGCCCGCGCUGGGCUUCCUGAGCACCGGCAUCGCCGCCAACUCGGUGGGCGCCUCGUUGAUGAGCUUGUCGGCCGUGGCGAACGGGGGCGGUGUGCCCGCCGGGGGGCUGGUGGCCACGCUGCAGAGCCUCGGGGCUAGCGGUGGCAGUGUCCUCAUGGGUAAGAUUGGUGCCUUACUGGGCUACACGGUCCACAAACACCUCGAAAACAGCAAGGAGGAGGAGGAGGAAGAAGAGGAGUAGCCAGCAGCAACUGGGAACCCACUCCUUCCUCCAGUUGUAGUCCAGAGCUUUCUCUGUCACGCUCAUCGGUGACCUAAGUGAAAACACAGAAUAAAAUUCAAUCAGAGAA